CGGCUCACUCACAUUCUCCCUCGAGCAACAGCAAUGAGAGUAGUCAGGGUUCAGUGAGCCAUCUUCGGGGGAAAGAUGGCGAGGGGCACGGGAGUCACGGCCCUCCUUGUAAAUCUCUACUGCUUCGUAAGGUUAAUUCCGGCGCAAGAGGUUCUCACCUAUGCUCACGGUGUGAAUGGUUUCAGUCUGCACCCGCCUUACUUUAAUCUGGCCGAGGGAACACAAAUCACAGCCACGGCCACUUGUGGAGAGGAUGAAAAUGAGCGGCCGGUCGAGGAUCUGUAUUGCAAACUGGUUGGCGGGCCAGUAUCCGGCGACCCCAGCCAGACUAUCCAGGGCCAAUAUUGCGAUAUUUGCAAGGCAGGGAGUAACAAAGCACAUCCAAGCACCAAUGCUAUUGAUGGGACAGAACGCUGGUGGCAGAGUCCUCCUCUCUCGCGUGACCUGGAGUACAAUGAAGUCAACGUUACUCUUGAUCUGGGCCAGCUGUUCCACGUGGCUUACGUCCUCAUCAAGUUCGCAAAUUCUCCACGGCCAGACCUUUGGGUGCUUGAGCGGUCUACAGACUUUGGAGCGAGCUACCUCCCCUGGCAGUAUUUUGCCUCUUCCAAAAGAGAUUGCAUUGAGAAAUUUGGACCAAAGACCGUGGAACGCAUCGUAGAUGACGAUGAUGCUAUCUGCACCACUGAAUAUUCACGUAUAGUGCCCCUGGAAAAUGGAGAGAUUGUAGUUUCCUUGGUAAAUGGACGGCCUGGAGCCAUGAAUUUCUCCUAUUCUCCUGUCCUUCGCGACUUCACCAAAGCCACCAGCAUCCGACUGCGGUUCCUCCGAACGAACACUCUCUUGGGGCACUUGAUGGGGAAGGCACUGAGGGACCCCACAGUCACACGGCGGUAUUACUACAGCAUCAAGGACAUCAGUAUAGGAGGGCGUUGUGUCUGUAAUGGCCAUGCUGAUGUUUGUGACGCAAAGGACCCAUCAAAUCCAUACCGGCUGCAGUGUGAUUGUCAACACAACACUUGUGGAGUGUCAUGUGAUCAGUGUUGCCCUGGAUACAAUCAGCUGCCUUGGAAACCUGCUACAACAGACAGCGCAAAUGAAUGUGAACCCUGCAAUUGUAAUGGUCAUGCAUUUGAAUGCGUGUAUGACCCUGCAGUAGACCGGCGUCGAGGGAGCUUAAAUCGCCAUGGUCGAUAUGAAGGAGGGGGCGUCUGCAUUGAUUGUCAACACAACACUGCCGGCGUGAACUGUGAGCGUUGUGUGGAUGGAUAUUAUCGGGCACCUGAAGUUCCAGCUGACUCGGUGGAUGCCUGUAUUCCUUGUAAUUGCAAUUCCGAGUUCACAGAAGGCAGCUGUGAGGACAACACAGGCCGCUGUUACUGCAAGUACAACUACGCCGGUGAGAAUUGUGACCAGUGUGCCCUGGGAUAUUAUGACUUCCCCAACUGUUACCCUUUGCCAGCGGCUCCCACGCAGACCACAGGAGCCCUGAUUCACGUGGGUGAAAUAAUCAACUGUGACUGCAAUGCAGAAGGAACACAGAACAAUGACUGCCAGCCAGACCGACACACAGGGACAUGCAGCUGCAAGCCAAACUUCACAGGCCAUUUCUGCAACCACUGUGUGCCCCGGCACUUUGGAGCAAGCUGCCAGCCCUGUCGUUGUUCUGGCCCUGGUGUUACCGAUGGAAGCUGCCACACAGAGACAGGACAGUGCUUUUGUCGUCAAGGAUUUGAGGGUUUCUACUGUGACCAGUGUGCUCCAGGCUAUUUCAACUAUCCUCUCUGCCAAUUGUGUAGCUGCAGCGUUGCUGGAAGCCUUCCCGAAGUCUGCAAUCACUCUGGGCGUUGUCUGUGCAAGCCGGAAUUUGACGGAUCUCGCUGUGACCAGUGUGCUGUUGGCUUCCAUUCCUACCCACGUUGCCACGUUUGCUCGUGUGAUGAGCGUGGAUCAGUGGACAACCUCUGUGGUUCUACAGGCCAGUGUCACUGCCUCCCCAACUACGCAGGGCCCACGUGCAACCAGUGUGCUCCGGGUUUCUAUGGACAUCCCACCUGCACACCUUGUCUGUGUACCGUGGAGGGCUCGUACAUUAAUUCCUGCGACCAGGAAACAGGAGCGUGUAGUUGUCGCCCUUACGUGACGGGGUUGUACUGUAAUGCGUGUGUAGAAGGAGCUUAUGGCUUCCCCAACUGUAGAGUGGCUUCCUGUGAUCCAGCUGGCUCUACAUCUCUCUCCACCAAUGAUGAUUCCUGUCAAUGUCGGAGAAACGUUGAAGGUUCUGCCUGUGAUAAAUGCAAGCCUCUUUUUUGGAAUCUGUCACCAGAAAACCCUUGGGGGUGCUCCAGCUGUCAGUGCCACAUUGAAGGUACAUUAAAUGCUGUUGCAGAGUGCUUGCAGAAUGAUGGCCAGUGUUACUGUAAGCCUAAUGUCUGCACGCGACAUUGUAAAGCUUGUAAAGCAGGAUACUAUAACCUCAGCAACAGGAAUUACUUAGGAUGCCAAGGUUGCCAAUGUGAUAUAGGAGGCUCUGUGGGUAGCUUGAUGUGUGAUGAGCUGUCGGGGAGUUGCCAUUGCAGACAGAAUAUCGAAGGGCGCACAUGCAACCAAGCAAAGCCAGAUCACUACUUCCCUGAUCUACAUCAUCUUCGGUUUGAGAUCGAGGAUGGUACAACUCCUGAAGGGAGGGCUGUUCGUUUUGGCUUUAAUCCACUUGAGUUUGAAACCUUCAGCUGGCGAGGUUAUGCACAGAUGUCUCCAAUUCAGCCUAAGGUAGUUGUGGCUGUGAAUGUGACCUCCCCUGACCUGUUUCGCAUUGUCUUCCGCUUCGUGAACCGUGGAGCCACUGAUGUGAAAGGAAUGGUCAUGGUCAGCGAAGUAAAUGUUGAUGCUUGUGGGAACUGUUCGGAACAGACUAAGCAGAUCAUCUUUGCUCCCAGUGCCGAGCCAGCCUUUGUCACCGUGCCACAGAAUACGUUUGUGGAACCUUUUGUUCUCAACCCUGGUGUGUGGUCAGUGGUCAUCGAAGCGGAGGACAUCCUCUUGGAUUACCUGGUCCUCUUGCCCAGUGCCUACUAUGAAGCACCAAUCCUUCAGCUCAAAGUGACAGAACCCUGCACCUAUACAGUCAGCCAUCAAGACAUCAGUCAGAAUUGCUUGUUGUACAGACAUCUUUCCCUGGAUGGCCUUCCCUCGCUGCAGGCUACUGAAGGAAUGUGUGCCACUGAGAACUACCUCCGUACCCAGUGUCGAGUGAUACAGCCAACUCCUAGGCAUCCAUCAAUGGUUGUCCUUAAUGAUAAACAGGUUAACGUACAAUUGCAAAUGAGGGUUCCGCAUUCCGGGGCUUACGUGGUGCUGAUUGAAUACACAACUGAGACAGAUUCAGGAGAGGCCCUCAGUGUUGUUGUAAAUGAUUUAGGAAGGCAAGACCAACAUGUCCUUAUUGAGCUCCAGAAUUGCAAAUACAGUUUUCUCUGCCGUGGAGUUGCAAUUGAUUCUUUAAAUCGUGUUGCUGUAUAUGAAUUAACAACCAGAGUUGAACUGCAGAUUGUGGCAGACUCAGCAAAUGUUCUACUGCACAAGGUGUAUCUCAUACCCCAUGAGCAAUUCACCAUGGAAUAUGUACUGCCAAGCAUAUAUUGCAUCAGCACUCAUGGAACGUUUGAACCAGACAGUGGUGCCUGCUCAUCAUCCAGGUUUCAAAAGCCGUCUCAGUCCAUUACACUGACGCAAGGUGAGGUAUCGACUGCCUCGACUCUUCUGCACCUUUACCCACUGAGAACUCCUCCAGUGGUCAGGACUAGUGGACCACAGCAGCCUCCUGUUCAUCCACCCACCAUUGUGGAGACAGCUGACUUAACCUUGCUUCGAUUCCCUCAGACUGUCGUCACCUUUGGUGGUCGCAUUCAGACUCUGGGUCGCUACGUCUUUGUGAUUCACUUCUACCAGCCAGAGAACCCUACCUUUGCAGCGGAGGUGCUGAUUAAUGGAGGGCGGAUUUGGCAAGGUCAUGCCAACGCUUCCUUCUGCCCCCAUGGCUAUGGAUGUCGCACAGUAAUUCUUUGCGAAAAUAGGAUUGUUCUGGACAUAACUGACAACGAGGUGUCUGUUAUCAUUCGUAUUCCAGACGGCAAGACUCUGUGGCUGGCCUACAUUUUGAUUGUGCCAGAAGCUAGCUACAAUUCAAACUAUCUGGUGGAAGAACCAUUGGACAAAUCUUAUGAUUUCAUCAGCACCUGUGGAGCAAACAGUUUCUACAUCAACCCUGUCACCACCUCAAAAUUCUGCAAAGACUCCAUGGUAUCACUGUCCGCCUUUUACAAUAAUGGUGCCCUGCCUUGUCUGUGCCAUGAAGCGGGUGCCUUGAGCACUUCCUGUGACCCCUAUGGAGGGCAGUGCAGCUGUCGACCAAACGUGAUUGGCCGUGACUGUUCCCGUUGUGCCAUUGGCUACUAUGGAUUCCCCAAUUGCAGACCGUGUGACUGUGGCCAACGCUUAUGUGAAGAGGUCACAGGUCACUGUAUAUGCCCCCCUCGGACCGUCCGCCCGGAAUGUAUCACCUGUGAGCCGCAGACGUUUGGUUGCCACCCACUGAUUGGCUGUGAAGAGUGUAACUGCUCUCAGUCGGGGAUCGAGGACACUAGCAGGCCAGGAUGCAACGCCGAGAGCGGGCAGUGCAGGUGCAAGCCUAACGUAGCUGGACGUCAGUGUGAUCGCUGUGCUCCUGGAUACUACCACUACCCUGACUGCAUGCCAUGUGACUGUAACGAAGACGGAACAGAAGCCAGCGUCUGUGACUCACUCACCGGCCAAUGCCAUUGCAAGGAAAACGUGGAAGGCCAUCGAUGUGACACCUGCCGCCUGGGAACCUUUUACUUGGAUCCAACCAAUCCCAAAGGCUGCACCAGCUGCUUCUGCUUUGGGGCUACAGACCGCUGCCAGAUUUCUAACAAGCGAAGGGCUGCAUUAGUGGAUAUGGAGGGAUGGAAGCUGGUGAGUGGAGAUCGCCAAGAAUUGCCAGUAUCCCACAACUCUGAAAAGAGGGAAGUUGAAGUGAACCUUCGUGAUCUGGCCGAUAUCUACCAGGAACUGUAUUGGCAGGCACCAGUGUCCUAUCUUGGAGACCAGGUUUCCUCGUACGGAGGGCACUUGAAGUAUCAGCUUCGAUCUGAAGUUCUGCGCGGUGACAUCAUCUCACUACCGGUCGAAGUUCGCCCUGAUGUCAUUCUGAAGGGAAACCAAAUGACCAUAAUGUAUGUAGCCAAGGAGUAUCCUGCACCCGGGCAGCUUCAUGAGAACCAGCUUCAGCUGGUGGAGAGUAACUUCAGGCAUGCGCAAACACAUAACCCUGUGUCAAGAGAAGAAAUGAUGAUGGUGUUGGCCAGCCUGGGUGACCUGCAGAUCCGAGCCCUUCACUCUCAAUUGGCCAAGCUUGUCACGCUGCGGAACGUAAUCCUUGAGCAAGCUUCGGAUUUCGGAGAUGGAGAUGCCGCCAGCAACGUGGAAAUCUGUCUCUGCCCGGCUAAUUAUGUAGGGGAUUCCUGUCAGGACUGUGCACCAGGUUAUUAUCGGGACACAAAGGGCCUUUUCCUGGGGAAAUGUGUGCCCUGUAAUUGCAAUGGCCAUUCUGACCAGUGCCUUGAUGGAUCUGGAAUAUGUAUAAACUGUCAGCAUAACACGGAGGGAGACAGCUGUGAGCGCUGUAAGGCCGGAUUGGUUCCAAGCACCACUCUUCAGGCAGCUUCUUUCUGUGUACAGUGUCCAUGUCCCCUCAGUGUUUCUUCUAACAACUUUGCAAAGGACUGUGUUCAACGUGGAAGCCAUUUACAGUGUCUCUGUAAACCAGGGUAUGCUGGCUUAAAUUGUGAAAGGUGUGCUCCAGGCUACUAUGGAAACCCAGCGGUUUUGGGAAGCCAGUGUGAGCCGUGCAAUUGUAACGGCAACACAGACUCAAACAUGCUCUUCAGUAAUUGCGAUUCACUGACAGGAGUUUGUCUGGGGUGCAUGCACAACACUGCUGGGCCUCACUGCGAGCACUGUGCCCCAGGUUUCUACGGCGAUGCGUUGAUCAGCAAGAACUGUGCACCGUGCAGCUGUUCGCCGUGUGGCACUGAGUCGUGUGAUGAGCGCACUGGUGAGUGUCGAUGUAAACCCGGGGUGACAGGAACACAGUGUGGCCACUGUGAGGCUGGAUUUUAUGGCUACAACAGCUGUGCUGGUUGCAGGAGGUGUUCCUGUGACGUGGCUUCCCAGAAUGAAAUGUGCAAUUCCCAAAGCGGCCAGUGUCCCUGCCUCCCAGGUGUAACUGGUCGUCAGUGUCAGCAGUGUUUGCCGGGCUACUGGAGCUACAGCUCGAGUGGUUGCCAAAUGUGUAACUGCAACGGGGGACCCUGUAACCCUCGUACCGGAGAGUGCAUGUGUAAAAAUGGGCUGGCAGGCAGGCAGUGUGAUACCUGUCUGCAGUUGUACGAGAUCCCUGUCAUCAUCGGAGUCAAUUCCAUGAAGUGUGAACCUUGUGAUAGUUGUGUCCUGGUUCUUCUGGAAGAUCUAAACAAGACAGCUGCAUUGCUGACUGUCAUCAGAGUUCAGCUUUCAAACGUGAGUGCCAGCUCCAUCGCAUGGAAGCGGAUGAACGCUUUGAACGACAGCUUGGGACAGCUUGCGGAUGAGCUGAGCAGAUAUCGUGGUACUCAGGACCAAACCAAGGAUCAGACUGACGAGCUGGAGACUGACAGCAUGAAUCUGACCCAAGACCUGGAUGCGUCUGAAGAAAAGGUCACCAUGGCAAACAAGAAGGCAACACAACUGGCAGAGAGUGUUGAUGAAACCCACAAGCAUGCUGCUGGGUUGCUUAAUAACAUCACGAGUCUCAGAAAGACAAUUUUAGACCUGAUUGACCAGAUGAAUAAAACGCAGAUGAACACCAGUAUGCCCUCCGCCAAAGAAUUUGUGGAGAAGCUUGCCGAAGUCGAGAUGUUGCUGAAGGAAAUGAGGAACCGCAAUUUCAGCAGCCAGCACGUCAUGACAGAGGAAGAGAAGAAUAAAGCACAGAAAUUACUUGAACUUGUCAAAAACCAGCUGAAUAAACCUUUGCAAGACCUGAUGGACUUGAUCAGGAGCAUCAAUGACGAACUAUUGAAGCAUAACUCCCAGCUGAUGGACCUGAGGGAUGCUCUAAAUGAAGCCGUUAACAAAACGGGACAAGUAAAUGAAAAGAACAAACUCAGUGAGCUGUUACUGGCAGAGAUCAAGCAAAAUGCAGAAGAUCUGGAGAAGCAACAUAAGCAAGUUGUCGAAAUGCUGGGAAUGGCAAUGGACACCCUGAAUCAGGUUUCCGAGUUCCUCCGCAUGUUGGACAGGAUGAGGGAGGAUUAUGAGAGGCUGGCUGCAGAGCUGGAUGGAGCCAAGAUGCCUCUCAAUGAAAAAGUGAAAAAAUUCUCGCCAGCCAGCAGUAAGAUCCCAAUCAUUGAGCGUGCCGAGGAACACGCCCAGUUCUUGGACGAGCUAGCCAAGAACCUGUCCAAGGCGAUCGAAGACACAAACCAAGAUGGCUUCAUUCAGCGGGCUGUCAGUGCCUCCAAUGCAUAUUCUGGUAUCAUUGAGGCGGUGGAGAGAGCCAUGGUUGCAGCAGAGGAGGCCAAUGCUGCAGCUAACAAGGCGCUAGAGCAAGUAUCAAAAGAAAAUCUGGCUCGCCAAGGUGCAGAUUUAAAGAAAUCCGCCAGCCUGCUUGUGGAGGAGGCUGAAGAAGCCCAGAAGAAAUCAGAAGAUGAAUUGAAGCCUGCUCUGAAAGAAUCAAAGAAACGGCUGAAUGAUGCAAAAGCCAAGAAGAAUCAGCUCCUCAGGCAGCUGGAAUCAGUUCAGAGUAUGCUGGAAGAUAUCAAUCGAGGUGACAUAACUGACAAUCUACAAACAGCAAAGGAGUUGGCCGCUGCUGCAAAUAAGACAGCUGUGAAUGUGCAGAACACUCUGGCUCCGAUGAAAGAAAAUCUGGACCAUUGGAAAGAGAAAUAUGGAGGGCUACCAACCGACAGUGCAGACUUCAACAAAACUCUGCAAGAAGCAGAUAAAUCCGUGGCAGCGCUAAACGAAACGAUUCCACUGCUUCUGGAUAAACUAAAUAAGCUGGAAGUCCGGAACCAAACUUCAAAUCUUUCUGCAAGUAUUGAUCGCAUUCGUGAGCUGAUCUCACAGGCCAGAAGUGCAGCCAAUAAGGUGAAAGUACCGAUGAAAUUCAACAGCAUUUCAGGAGUACAGGUGAGGUCACCCAGAAAUACAGAUGACCUGAAGGGGUACACCUCACUGACAUUCUACAUCCAAAGGGACAAAGACUACAGUGAACCUAACCAGUUUAUCCUGUACCUUGGCAGUCACAACGGCCAUGGCGAUUACAUGGGCGUAGCCAUAAAGAAUGACAGACUAUUGUGGGUUUACAUGCUAGGCAGUGAGGAGACCAUCCUCCAAACGGACUCGAAAGUCAGCAGCAACAGGUUUGACAUGGUCCGACUGGAAAGGAUACAACAAUUUGGGCAAAUCUCGUAUGAAAUCUCUGAUGCAAGGGGCACAGUGAAUGAAGCCAGACAAGAGGGGAUGGCGAAAGGGGAUGAUACCUUACUCAAUCUAAAUCCAGAAGAUGUGGUGUUUUAUGUUGGUGGCUACCCUUCCAGUUUCACUCCUCCUGAACCAUUACACUACCCCAACUUUAAAGGGUGCAUCGAACUUGGAACUCUGAAUGAAGAAGUCAUCAGUCUCUAUAAUCUGGUCGAAUCAUACUCCUUGAACACCACAGUGGAUGAACCUUAUAGGAGGUACAAAUCCACUCAUGGUGCAGACACUGACAGUUCCUACUUUGAUGGCACUGGUUACGCCAGAAUCAAAAUGCCAGGCUCCCAUUCCUCUGUGGUUCGCUUUGAGCAAGAGGUUCGCAUCACCUCCUACAACGGCAUCCUUUUCUUCAUGCAGAAAGAGGAAAAGUACUUCUGCUUAGCCAUCGAGAACGGAAAGCUUGUGCUGUACUUUGACUUAAACAAACAACUAAUCAUCAUGAAUGGUAACAAUCAAAGCCAGCAGCCUCUCAUCAGUGAUGGACUACAGCACCAGAUCCAGAUAAUUUUGGUGUUUUCCAGAACUCCAUCUAAAGUGAAGAUUUACGUGCGUAUGGACAGGAAAACUGUUUUUACUUCCGAGCAGAAUCAAGCACGUCCUUCAAUUUCUGAAUACUAUCUCGGUGGUGUUCCUGUAGAAAUCCUCCCAGAGAUUCUGAGGAACCGAUUCCCCACAGGAGGGUCUAUAAAAGGCUGCAUGCGAACGGUGAAGGCACUGGACAAGAACCUGGAUCUGAAGAGGGAGAAGACCCUUGGAGUUAGUUAUGGGUGCUCGCCUAACCUCCUGAUAUCACGCUCUGCUGACUUCACAGGCCAGGGGUACAUGAGUCUGAUGCCUGAGAAUGUUCCUGCCCUCCGAGACAACUUCAUCUCAGGCUUUGCUUUCCAGACACAGCAACAAAACGCUCUGAUGUUUUACUACCCUACAACGGAAGGAAAUUGUCAAGUCUCUUUGAAGCAGGGACAAGUGGCUCUUAAGGUGUUUAAUACCGAAGUUAAAAGUCAAAGACAGUAUACAGAUGGGAUCCUGCACUAUGUCUUGUUCUUUAUCAAGAAUGAACAGAUUAAACUGAUCAUCGAUGAUCAGGAGAAACGGCAGUCAAAGAUAUCCAAGAGGAAGAAGCGCCAGCCUAGGGAGAUUGAGGAGGGGCAUCUUUACCUGGGUGGUGUGCCAAGUACUGACCUUGGUGCCAACCUGACAGGCUGCAUUAGCAAUGUUUUCAUUUACCGUAAAUAUGCGAACCAGCAGACGGUUAUGAAUCUGCAGAAGCAUGAGGUGAUGCUGGGAGCAGAGCUGAACAGCUGCCCCAGGGAAAAGCCGCCACAGCAGAUCCGUCUUCAGAGGAAGGAGAAACCCAGACAGGUUACAACUAAGUUUAGGAGUAAACAGCAAAUGGCAGAAAGUUGCAAGUUGCCAAGGGAACCAGCUGCUGUCCGUAAUGCCCGGUACUUCAGAGGGUCCCAUCUCAGCCGCCUGGAAUAUGACACCGUUCCAGACUCCUUCCGCGUGAGGUCCAGUUUCUCAAUGGAUGUUCGCUCUAAUUCAUCCCAUGGGAUACUUUUCUAUGUAUCCAAUGAAAGGGAAUCCACUUUUAUGGCUCUCUUGCUUUCCAAAGGCCGUUUUGUCUUCUUGUUUGAUAUCAAAGGGAAGAAACUACGAAUUGCAAGUAAAGAAAAGUAUAAUGAUGGAAUGUGGCACACAAUAUUUUUCAGCAGAGACAGAAACCAAGGGCAGUUGGUGAUCGAUGGUCUGCGAGCACAAUCCCGGAGAAUCUCAGUCACAGCUUUCCUGGAUGUCAGAGCUCCAUUCUACAUAGGAGCCGUGCCAAAAGGAAAAGCGAGGAGGAUUAAUCAGGGUGCUUCUGCCUCCAGGUUUAACGGUUGUAUCCGAAACUUCCAGCUGGAUGGAAAACCAAUGGAGCCCCCUUCACGGGAUUACAACGUUACACCUUGUUUUGAGGGAAGUCUUGAAACAGGGAUAUUUUUCUCCAGUGCAGGAGGCUACGUGACUAUAGAUGAAUUUUUUGUACUUGACAAAGAGUAUGAGCUAAUGUUUGAAGUGCGACCCAGGAGUUUGUCAGGAAUAUUUUUCCAUGUUGGACGAACACAAAGUCAUUACUUCAGUCUGUAUGCAGAGAAUGGAAAGGUUAUUGUGAAGUUGAAUAAUGGGGCUGGGGGAUUCUCUGCAUCAGUCACUCCGGAACAGUCUCUGUGUGAUGGACACUGGCAUCGUUUAGCAGUUAUCAAAAGGAAUAAUGUGAUACAAAUUGAUGUGGAUACUGAGCGUAAUUACACAGUGGGACCAUUGCAUAUUCCACAUACCAAUUCCAAACAGAUCCUUUAUGUGGGAGGCAUACCAGACACUGUGCAAAUUCCAACAUUGUCUCCCAUAUAUCACUCAUUUGUUGGCUGUAUAAAGAAUUUCCAAAUUAAUCAGAAGUCAGUACAGUUAAAUCAACCAAGAUCUAUACAUGGUGGUGUUACUACCAGUGGCUGCCCAUCAUUGUAAUCAGAAUGGAAAGUAUAAAACACUUUACCAAAUUUGUUAUAAUUUUCAAUCCACUUAUGCACUUAAACUUGUACUGUAUUUCAGAAUUUUGCUGCGGAUUUUUUAUAAGCUAUUUUUAAUAGUCGUGGUAUUUUGGAGGGAAAAUAUUUAAGGGGUAAAAUUUAUCCUGCAACACUGGUUUU